AUGGAUGAACUUAAUUUACAUCCAUGUAUGAUACCAAUGGUUUGUUUAUUAAGACAUAUGGAAACAAAUGGAAUAAUUCCAAUAAAUGAUCGUAUAUCUGAAAUACCACCAUGGAUGAUAUGUAUGUACAAAAAAUUUAGUAAUCCACUUAUAACAUUUAAUAUAAAAUUAUUUCUUAUGUGUCUUAUUAUUCGUACACAUACAAUAUUUAAACCAUAUGCAUGUUAUUGGUUAACACCAAUAAUUCAUAUAUGUAAUCAAAUGUUUGAAAAUUCAUCUGAAGCUAAUGAAAUUUUACCAUAUUAUGUAUCACCAACACCAACAGGAAAUUUGUCACCUAUAACAACUAAUUCAAUAUUAACAACUAUACCAAAUGAUUUAACUGAAGAUAAAUUUAAUGAUAUAAUAUUUCUUAUGAUGAUGUGCUUUCCUAAUAUUAUAGUUUUGGAUGGUUAA